AAAUCUCACCAGGAGAAAAAAAGCAUUAGAAGAAAGACGAGAACUCACUGCUCGGGACGGACGGUUGUAUCGAAAAAGUUGAAAAAAGGCGUUUUGCACCAUUUCGUUGUGCAUUGUGUAGUAAUCACGAUAAUACAAGAGUGGAUUAAAAUGGUUUAAAUGUAGUUCCUGAGAAAAAUUGUAAUGUUCACGGAUUUUCACGUUGCAGUUCGUUUUUUCUUUUAGCCUAGCUGGCUGACUGGCUAGUGGAAUAUCAAGAAGGUGUCCCGUCUAUACGACCACCCUUCUCUGUCUCUCUUAUGCAGUGAUCCAACCGCGGGAUUGUGUGCGUGUAGUGUUCGCGUCAUCAAAUCUGUUGGUAGUAAAAACGAAAUAAGUGCGAGCAUAAAAUAAACGAAGGCCGAAUAGUUGGCUUAAGUUUCCGGAUUCUCUUUCUGACCCGUCGCGAUAAAUGGUGGACAUGUCAUGAGAAUUAACAGAAUCGAAGAUAGAAUGGAUGAAAAUAGUGCGCUGAACCACCAGAAUGGUGCCGGUGGGCAGCUGGGCGGAAUCGGUGCCGGAAGUGGUCUGCAAGGUGGAGCCGUUGGCUUGGGCGGCAUGGCGAACAACAAUUCGGCAGGAGGUAUGAAUAACAAUAAACCUGUCGGAAUUGGUGGAUCCGCCGUCGGUGGCCAGGACGAUCAGAACAACAAGGCUACACCUACUCAGUACUCGAUUCCGGGAAUAUUACAUUUCAUUCAGCAUGAGUGGGCCCGGUUUGAGCUAGAACGGUCCCAGUGGGAUGUCGAUCGUGCCGAAUUACAGGCAAAAAUUGCAGUACUAUUAGGCGAAAGGAAAGGUCAGGAAUCUCUCAAAUCCGACCUUAUAAGGCGUAUUAAAAUGUUGGAAUAUGCACUGAAACAGGAGAGGGCGAAGUUCCACCGGUUAAAGUACGGCGUCGAUCCACCCAUGAACGAUAUUAAGCCCCCCUCGGAUGAACCAGGGAUUGGUACUGAGGUGGCCCCAGAUCCUGAGGUACCCUACAGCUCCGUGUCCAAUAUAACAUGGAGGCAAGGCAGACAACUGCUACGGCAGUAUUUGCAGGAGAUUGGGUAUACCGAAACUAUUCUCGACAUUCGUUCGACCCGGGUCCGUUCAUUGCUAGGGUUGAAUAAUAACAGUGAACAAGAGGAGAAUGUCAAUCCAAAUAUUAAUGGAGGAAGUGAAAACAAUAAACGUGCUAGCGAGUCACAAGCAAUGAUCAUGGACUCAGAAGCGGCAGUCAUAGCUAACUUUGAAUUCCUAGCACAGGCCGAUACUGAAAUGUCCGAUGACGACGACAUGUCGGAUGAGAUCGGCGAGAACGAGGAAACGGAUAUGAAAACAACAAAGCGGAAAGCCAAAGGUGUUACUAUGAAUGACGAUGAUGUCGAUGCAGAAGCGGACGAAGUGAUCAAUGAAUUGAAUCUACUAACAGAAGGUGAGGACAGCAAUUUGACUGAAAGCAGAAAAAUUGACGGAGGGGAUUUAUUUGUUGGUUAUAACAAACCCGCCAUACCACGUCAUCCCACGAUACCGGGCAUCAACAACGACGAAGAGGUCGACUCGUCAUUAGGAUUAGGCGAAUUGGCGCAGCUGACUGUCAACAAUGAGGCCGAAUCGACGUAUGAGGUGUCCAACGCUAAAGAACCAUACCGCAAAACUUGGAACGCAAAGUAUACGCUAAGGUCACACUUUGAUGGUGUUCGCGCACUUGCGUUUCACCCGCAGGAACCAGUUCUAAUUACUGCCUCUGAAGAUCAUACUCUGAAGCUGUGGAAUUUGCAGAAAACAGUGCCAGCCAAAAAGUCAGCUAGUCUCGAUGUCGAACCUCUCUACACAUUUCGUUCGCAUAACGGCCCGGUGCUGUGCUUGGCAAUGUCCGCAACAGGCGAACAGUGCUAUUCAGGUGGUUUAGAUGGCGCAAUCAACUGCUGGAAUUUACCCAAUUCCAACAUUGACCCGUACGACAGCUACGACCCCGAAGUCUUGAAAUGUACGCUGGACGGACACACCAAUGCCGUAUGGGGUCUUGCAGUGAACCACGCGAAGAACAGUCUGGUGUCAUGUUCUGCUGAUGGCACCGUUAAAUUGUGGACACCUUCCGGUAAAAUUCCACAGCUGAACACCACUUUUACUUCUGAAACAGAAGGAGUUCCAACAUCAGUUGAUUUCGUGCGAGAUCAAACUGAUAGAAUAGUUGUCGCAUACAGCAGUACACACUGCAUAAUCUACGACACUGAAACGGGCAGGCAAGUGGUUAAGUUAGAGGCCAGUCAAGAGAUGACUGGAAAUGUAGGAAAACAUAUUAAUAAAGUUGUUAGCCAUCCGACGCUACCGAUUACGAUAACAGCGCACGAGGAUCGACACAUUCGUUUCUGGGACAAUACCACCGGUUCGCUAAUACAUUCGAUGGUAGCCCACCUGGAUGCCGUGACCAGUCUAGCAAUCGAUGCCCACGGGUUGUAUCUACUGUCGGGGUCACACGACUGCUCGAUCCGCUUGUGGCACAUGGAUAACAAAACGUGUGUGCAAGAAAUCACGGCACAUCGUAAAAAGUUUGACGAAAGCAUAUUAGAUGUUGCAUUUCAUCCAUCAAAACCGUAUAUUGCUAGUGCCGGUGCUGAUGCAAUCGCUAAAGUGUUCGUUUAAUGUACUGUUCGUGAAAGAAUCAAGUGAAAAUAAAAUAAAAAGCAAAACAAAUUCUUUAUACAUUAUGAUAUAAACGUAAACAAAUGCGGGCAGUGAAGAAAGAAAAUAAUGGCGUUAAGCGUGAGGCAUGAUAUAAGAAGAUAGUCGUUUUUAAUUAUCACGAACAUUCUAGUUACAAAAUAUAACAAAUAAAAAAAAUGAAAAAGAAACAAGUGAAACUGACUUAGUAAUAUGCAUGAUAAUUUUUACAUAAACGCAAAAAAAUAUCACAUGAAUACACAAAAUAACAAACAUAUACACAUACAAAACAACCAUGUAUUUGGAUGCAAAAUACUACCAAACAAUUACAUGUUUCAGAGCGACCAGUUUUAGACAAACGUACAGCCUCACAACUUACACAGUGAUUCAAUCUGCCGAUAUUGAGAUCCACAGCAGCAGCAGUAGCAGCGACAUGGUCCAGCAAACGAAUUUUUAUAUAGACAAUUUAUAACCUAACGCAAACACGAAACAAUAGGACAUCAACAACAAGCAUGCAAACAAACGUAUAUAGGAAAUCAAUCCAUUUUUUUUUCUUUUCGUCUUUAUCAGUCAACUAGUGAUCACCCUCUUGGUUCCUGUCCAUGUUCCGCUUGACGAAGCAAUUCCAAAAGAACGAAUCUUGUGCGACCUUCAGUCAAUGAGUUUCCAUCGAGAAGCAUUAUUUCCCAUUCGGUAGUCUGUAUAUCUUUUAAAUAAAUAGAUUUUUUUUAUGUUGCUAGAACAACACGGGACAAAAUAUGAUAAGCAGAAACAUAAUGUUGAAAAACAGUAUAGAGGACACACAUUCAUGGAUUUCAACGUGAGUUUUAGAUCUUAGUGUAGAAAGUGAUAAGAAAUGAUAUAAAAUGCGAAUUAAAAAGCAAAACUAUGUGUAACUAUCGUAGGCUUCUAUACACACUCAAAUAGUGUAUAGAACUAAAUGAAAAAAAAAACAAAUGUAGUCACCGCAUAAUUAAAGCAAGUUAACUUCUAUGAACCAGUCGGCAGAAAAACAAAAAAUCAAUGACCGCAUUCGACAGCCGAUUCCCAUGCGGAAAAGGAGAAAAAAGCUAAUAAAAUGUAUUUAUUUUACUCAUAUAUUCGUAAUACGUUGUUAAUUAAUGAUUUGAUUUAUUAUAAAUAAAGUGUAGAUUAAUUAAAUUUUCGUUCUUUUUUGUUUUCUUUGAUUUCCUGCUCAUGGUCCACCUAAGUUUCAUAUAACAGAGAGCAACGCUGGUCGUUGUUAAUGCAAAGAAAUGUUUCUUUCUAUGUAUUGUUUUAUGCUUUUAUUUCUUUUUCUCAUAUGAAUCACAAUUUCUAACUAAAUGCGAACGAAACAAACAGCAAUAAAAUAAAACAAAUGAGAGACUCGAAAUAUUUUUCAAGAUGGUGCCUCAAAACUUAUUUUUAAUUUUGAAGCACACAUGUAUUUAUUAUUUUCUGAUAAAUAAAUAGCACAUUGUUUGAAACUUCGAGCAUUUUGCAUUAGUUUACCACUGCUAAUAAUAACAGAAUGCGCUUGUAGGCUGUAUCCGUUUGGUAUUAAAGUCGAUGAAAAACGGAGAUGGCAUUGUGAUGAAUUAUUUUCGAAGCAGCGAAGCUUGAUGAGUUUUUGGUCAUCUUACAGAAUUUCGUACCUGAAUUUUGUAAAAUGGCAAACAAUCAAUUUUAGAACGACUUUAUAAUUCAUGUUUAUAAUUUAGUCAACCAUAUUCACUUGAGUGUAGUUUUUCGAAACUUCGAGUUCCCAAAUCAUGUUAAUCACUGAUGGCUUAAUGGUCGCUGUGUUUUUACUUCGAUUGUAGAGAUUUCAAAAGUGUAAUAGGGAACGGUCCCCCCAUUCUUAUCUGCUUCAGUAUUAGAUCCGCUAUCUAUGUACGAUCCGACAAAAAUUGUAUCCGCUUUUGUCACAAAUUGAGUAGUAGGCAAAAUAAUUUGGUAACUCUACUAAUGAGAUGGAUAUUAGUACAAUAUUACAGUACCUUUAUAGAAACAUGGCGGGUCUCAUGAAAGGCUAUCCAACCCCUCGAAAUUGAUGGUUAAAACAUGAAAGCGCAAUACAAAACUUCGGUUGUAAAGCUUCUGCACUUUGAUGACGUUUUGGACCUAAAUAUGAGAACAAACAUGAGAACGCUGGCCUUUACAAGAUGGAAACUUGAGCUUGACUUAAAAAGCUACUAAAGUUCCGGUAAUGUAUGAAUUAAAAAUUACCUUACGCCCCUUAUUACGGGUAUCACUACACGGUGAAAACCAAGUGAAGUGAUAUUCACCUUAUUAUCGGUAUCACUACACGGUGAAAACCGAGUGAAGCGAAUGUAGGUCUUGGUCACGAAAGUCGCUUCAGAGAAAAAAGUAAUAACUUAGAUGAGCUUGUUGUUAUUACGAACGUCAAAUCACCAAAAUUUUGUUGGAAAAAAUGAUUUUUUUCACUACAGUGAUUACUUCAUUGAGCGUGACACUGGUAAUACGGAAAAUCAAGUGAAGUGACAUGUAAGUGAAGUGAAAGUGGAAGUGGAAGUAAGAACGGUGAUAAGGGCCUACAAAACGCAAACGACAAGGAAAUAUCAAAUACCCGCAACCACUCACAGUAAAAACGUAAGAGUAAUGAUUUAUUAAGUAUUUCAGUAAAAGCAUGUACGAUAGACUCUCGACACUCGCUCGAAUUACAGAAUGCUAAUUUUUACAUUUGAUCGAAGUACAGAAUAGGGGUGGAAAUCUAAAGCACAAUAAAUAGUUUAAAGAAUGUUCAAAAGCAUUGGUAGUGAACUAACUACAAGUACGCAGCUCGUGCCAUACCAAUUCAACACGUUAUGGAAGAGAAUUCUUUCUUUGUCGAGACUUACUAGAAAUUUUUCUAAACUCGUAGCAAAAAGACGUUCUCACACGUCCCCGGAAGUCCUCAUGCAAACCAGCUUCAACUGAAAAAUGUCAAAUCAAACUUAACUGAUGGAAAAGUCUUGGUGAAUGGCUUGUCAUGUUACAGUUCGGUGAGCGAGUGCGGAAUGCAAGUUCAAGUUGGAUCAAAACAAAAAUGCUCCUCAAAACAUUUGUUUCUUGCAAAUUGGAGUGAUUUGGAAAGGCCUCAAGGAACCAAAAGUUCCUCAGUAUCUCAAAAAAUGCACUUUACUGCUGCUUAAAAGUACACGAGAAACUUUUGAUAACUUGAAGGUACAAAACAAGUUCCACGUGUACUCUCUAGCUGUUUAACAAAACAUGUGGAACAUUUGCCAACUUAAAAGUACAAAACAAAUUCCGCGUUAAUUCUCUUGCUGCCUAAAAAUAAGCGUGUAUUUUUUUAUAACUUGAAAGUACGGAACUAGUUCACAAUAAACUUUCUCAAUGAUUUAGAGUUGAUUGAUGUAUUUCAAAUGCUGUUUAAAAGUUCGUUCACCUUUCAAGCGUCGAUAGUUGCGAAAAAAAUGACCUGUUUAGAAUGAAUGAAGAUUUUUGACUGCAUGAAAGGUCUUACUCAUCACGUUGAGUAUUUCUUCGAUAUUUGAAGGAAAAAACAGUCAUUACUGAGAGUGUUUGAAAAAAGUGGUCGGUAGUAAUGCAAAAUUAGGCUUAGAAAAAUGAAAUUUCUUUUUAUGUUUUCGUUUGUUUCUUGAUUACAACAUUAUACUUUCGAAUUUUCGCCAUCUGAAAACUUUUUUGCUUAUUAGCUGUUCCAAAGAAUGCCAAUUUGAAAAUGAACUAUGAAUGCAAAAUAUCAGAAGAUAAAGAGGCCGCAGAAAAUGCCUUUCCACAGUCCAGGAAUAACUAUGCGUUGAAAAAUUACGUUGUCUAAAGAGAGCUACAUAUAGAUCAUGGAUAGCACUUACAAAAUAGUCUAAAAAGAAGCGUACUCUUGUAAUAUAUCUAGUAACUAUAGUACAUAAUGCAAGUAAAUAAUAAUCAAUCUCAUCAAUAAUUUCCUGUUUCUAUCGAAGAAGUUAGUUAUAUGGUAUUUAGACACCACUUGAGUGAAUUUUAGUUGCAAGGAAUUGUUUAGAUCUCUAAUUUUUACGAGUUAAAUUGAAUAACAUCUACAACCAUUCAAGGCAUUACACCACAGUCACUCAUCUCUUUUUAAAAAGAGAAAUGUUAUGAUAAUAAUAGAUAAUAACUUUGGCAUGAAUUAAAUUCAUCAUCAACCUAAUCAGCAUUGUAUAGACUUCCCAAAGCGAUAAAGCAAAAGCAGCAACUAAAUGCAACAAAUUUUAGGUAGAAAGUUUGAGCUUUAGCAGCACGCAGGCAAUUCUACUAACCAGGAGCGAUAUUGUGCAUUCCAGUCAAAAUGACUUUUUCAUGCAAACACCCGUGUAAAAAGUAUUUCAUUGCGAAUGACACAAAGCGGUCCCAACAUUUUUCUUUCGAAAUUCUCAAUUUCACUCUUAAUUGAAUCAAUCAAAAAAGAAUCAGCAUACAUUAAAGCGGCAAAUCAGUUGUAGUAGUUCAUUGGUAAGUACACAAAAUUAUAGCUGGAAUAUAAAUGAAUUAUAUAGACUAUCCAAUAGUUAAACAAAGCAACAGUAGUAAACAAAAUAAUGUCACUGCAAUUGGUGGAGUAUCCAACUAUAGUACUAAUAUUACUCCACGUUGACAGGGCUGGAAGCGGAAAAUAGUGAAGAACAAGAUACAUGAUACAUAAUACAUUCAUACCGAUGGUGGUGGAAGAGAAAACGCGCCACAUUUGAUUCUGUUCUACCUGUAAGAUACUGUAACAAACUAUUUGACUAGCGAGUCGUAUUUAAUUUAAACUGGGAAAACCGCGAAAAACAUCUAAAAACAAAUUAAACAAUAAUGACUUAGAUCGCCUAUAACCUAUGGAUUAUUAUUAUUAUCGAGUAAACAAAAGAGGUAUGAACUCUAUACAACAAAAAGAACAACAAGAAAACAACAAAGCGAAAAGUGAAAAAAAAUUUAUUGAAGUUUAAAUAAAUGGACUAAAAUCAA